CUGAUCCGUCUGUCUCCUCAUCAGGUGCGGGAUGGACAAGAGGGACAAGGGCAGGGCAGGGGCCGCCACGCGGACGACGGCUUCUCGCCCUCCCAGCCUUCCCACUCCCAGGGCCCCAGGGUCUCCUCGACCCCCUCCCCCAGUAACCAGCGCGGCCCUCCGCGUCCUGGGAGCAGCGGGAGCUGCUGGGCGAGGGCCCCUGGCCGAGCGAGCUGGGGGUAUCCGGGCAGCCGCUCUCCCGGAGGCUGGACCCCGGGUGGGACCAACGCAGAGCGCUGGGACAGGCCUCCGGAGUCCAGCCUCCAGGCCCCCAGCUGCUGGGAGAGGGGAGCGGGCCCCUGCUAAGACCCCAGGCCCAGGCUCUAUCACUAGCCCGGGACGUGCCAGCGGGACCACCAGGCCAGGCUCUCUUGCGCAGAAAGGGCUUCGGCCCCCAGCUGAGGAACCCGUGACCAGAGGAAAAGCCCCAGAAACCCCCAGAAGGAGCGCGCUGAGCGCCGGGGCACGGAGAGACUCUUCCGGGCCCUCCCCAGGCGCCCCUUCCCCAGCCACCUCCCGUCGGUCCCGGGCUGCAGGCGCUGAAGUCGGUCUCCCUCGGGCAGCUCCGAGUGCCCGGCCGCGGCCUCCGACCGAGGCCCCCAGGAAAUCAGUGAGCAGUGCUCCGCAGCACGGUACCGCAGAGCCGAGCCCCGCCGCCAGGAGGCGACCCACUGCUGGUGGAGGCCUCCAGAAGCCAGCCUCGCGCCCCUUGGGCUCCAGCGCCACUCCUCUGUCCUCCCCCGCCCGCCCCGGGGCCUCGCCGGGUGGAACACCUCGGGCUCUGGGGCCUCCCUCGCAGCCCAAGUCGAAAGGGCUGCAGGCUCUGCGCACCCCCCAGUCCACACCCCCAAGGAAGGGAGCAACUCCCGUGCUGGGUCUUUCUCCUCCUUUAGCCACGCCCUCUCAGCCGGGCUCGAAGGCACAGCUGGCACCGCCUCCGCACAUCACAGGCACUUCUCUGCCUGACACGCUCCCUCCCUCUCCACCGACCACGCCCCCUUCCCAGUCCGCAACCGGCCCUUUGGCCACACCCCUUUCACUAGCCCCUCCUCCCUCUGCUCCACUCCCUCAGCAGACCCUUCCCUCUCCGCCGGCUACUCCCCCUUUGCAAGCCCCACCCACACACCUGGGUACCUCCUUUUUGGAGGCAUCCGCUUCUCCCACAACCACUUUUCUGGCUUCAUUCUCUCCAUCAUUGUCACCCCCUCCGCAGAUUAUGCCCCCAAGCCAGGCUUCUCCAGCUUUGACCCCUCUUCUGACUCCCCCCUCUCCCUUAGCCACACCUCCUUUGUUGGCUCCUGGACCACCAGCCACGGCCCCUCUACCAGCCAAGGCCCCUCUACAAGCCUCUUUUACUCAAGCGACAUCUCUGCUGAACCCGCCCUCUCCCGAAGCCACACCCCCUCUGCAGGGCCUUUCCACUUUGACUACCACCCCUCCACUGGCCAGUGCUUCCCUAUCUCCUCCCCCUCUUCAGGCCACGCCCUAUACAGUGACCACGCCUCCCACGCAGGACACAUCUCUGGCCACACACCCUCCGCAAGUCUCUCCCUGUCCUCUGACCACCCUCUCUCUGCAGGGUCCUCCCCUGUGCUCUCCAUAUCCCUUGACCUCACCAUCUCUGCAGGCUGCACCCUCUCUCCUGGCCAUGCCCCCUCCACAGACCCCACCUCCUCUGGCCACACCCCCUCUACAGGCCCCUCCCUCUCCGACCCGGCUCCCUAUACAGGCCCCACCUUCUCUGGCCUCACCGUCUCUGCAGGCCCCACCCUCUCCCGCCCCUCCCUCUCCCCUGGCCACACCCUCUCCGCGGGCCCCUCCCUCUCCCCUGGCCGCACCCCCUCCGCGGGCCCCUCCCUCUCCCCUGGCCGCACCCUCUCCGCGGGCCCCUCCCUCUCCCCUGGCCACAUCCUCUCCGCAGGUUCCACCUUCCCUGGCCUUGCCUCUUCUGCAGACGUCUACGCUCCCUUUGCAGGCCCCGCCCUCUCCCCUGGGCACGCCUCCUCAGGCUCCACCUUCCCUGGCCUUGCCUCCUCUGCAGGCCUCCGCUCUCCCUUUGCGGGCCCCUCCCUCUCCCCUGGCCACGCCCCCUCAGGCUCCACCUUCCCUGGCCUUGCCCCCUCUGCAAGUCCCUCCCUCUCCCCCGGACUCACCCCUUCUGCAGCCCCCACGCCGCCCCCCGACCCCAGGUCCGGAUGCCCCGAUCCCGGGCCCCCGGCUGACCCUGGCGCUGGCCCCGGCUCCGCCGCCACCGCCCUCGCGCAGCCCGUCCAGUACGCUGAGCGGCCCGGAUCUGGCGGGCCACAGCAGCAGCGCCACCAGCACGCCGGAAGAGCUGCGCGGCUACGACAGUGGGCCCGAGGGCGGCGCCGCGGCCUCCCCGCCCGGCGACGCGGAGCUCGCCGCCUGCCACCCGGCCUCCUGGAGCCGAGGUCCCGCCCCGCCGCUGGCGGUCCGCAGCACCCCAGGAGCGUCCCUGCCUUGGCCUCCUGCUGCCGGGUCGGGCUCCGCUGACGGCCUAUGCACCAUCUACGAGGCUGAGGGGCCCGAGUCGGCGAGCCCCGCCCCAGGCGCACUGGAUCCGGGCCCCGGCCCCGGCGCGGGUAGUGGGAAGGUGGUAGCUGGAGCAGGGGCGGCGGCGGCCUCGCGUGGCGCGAAGCCGGCGCGCCUGGGCGAGCUGCCGCUGGGGGCGCUGCAGGCGAGCGUCGUGCAGCACCUGCUGAGCCGGACGCUGCUGCUCGCUGCGGCCGAGGGUGCUGCGGGCGGCGGCGGCGGCGGCCCAGGGGGCGCGGGAGCUGGUGGCGUCGCGGGGGGCGCCCGGACUGCGCUCAGCGACGCCGAACUGGGCCGCUGGGCUGAGCUGUUGUCUCCUCUGGACGAGUCGCGCGCCAGCAUCACCUCGGUCACCAGCUUCUCCCCGGACGACGUGGCUUCCCCGCAGGGUGACUGGACGGUGGUGGAGGUGGAGACCUUCCACUGAGCCAGACCCUUAGCCCCGCGCACGACACCCCUUCCCUGCUUUAGGACCCGCCCCUCCGGUUAUGCCUCUCUUAGACUGCCCGCCUGCCCUCCUCCGGGAGUCUGGCUCCCGGUGGAUUGGACAUAGCCCCCGGAGGCCUAGAUUUGGGGCCAGGCUCGCGUCCCACCCACGCCUCUGGCCAAGGUCUUUCCCCUCGAGUUCUGCCCCCUUGGCCUGGACGCACUCCCGCUCCCCUCGAGCCCCGCCCCCUCCCUGGCCUAGGCCCCACCCCAUGUCCUGAGUGUUGUCUACCAUGUGUCGCCCGAGUUUGCAAUAAAGCCGGGGACACUGCA